GGGGAGGGAGCCAGGCAGAGCUGAUCCCACGUGUGACGCUCGCAUUCCCGGCUCAGUAACAUUCUCUUAGCGGGGCUACGGGUUGCGUUUGCUCUGACAGUGUGUGUGUGUUAGUUACUGGCCAUAGUUGGGUUAGCAAUGGAGGGAGACGGGAGCCAAGCCACAUCUGGAAGCCCUAGCGAUUCGCAACACGACCCUGGUAAAAUGUUUAUCGGUGGCCUCAGCUGGCAAACUUCACCAGACAGCCUUAGAGACUAUUUUAGUAAAUUUGGAGAAAUCAGAGAAUGUAUGGUGAUGAGGGAUCCCACGACUAAACGCUCCAGGGGAUUUGGCUUCGUUACGUUUGCGGAUGCGGCCAGUGUAGAUAAGGUCUUAGCUCAACCUCACCACGAAUUAGACUCAAAGACGAUUGAUCCUAAAGUUGCCUUUCCAAGACGCGCUCAACCCAAGAUGGUCACAAGAACAAAGAAAAUAUUUGUAGGCGGAUUAUCAGCUAACACAGUUGUUGAAGAUGUGAAGCAGUAUUUUGAACAGUUUGGCAAGGUAGAAGAUGCCAUGCUUAUGUUUGAUAAAACUACAAACAGACAUAGAGGAUUUGGCUUUGUAACUUUCGAGAAUGAAGACGUGGUGGAGAAGGUCUGCGAGAUUCAUUUUCACGAAAUCAAUAAUAAAAUGGUAGAAUGUAAGAAGGCCCAGCCAAAGGAAGUGAUGUUUCCUCCAGGGACACGGGGGAGAGCCAGAGGGCUGCCCUAUACCAUGGACGCCUUCAUGCUGGGAAUGGGCAUGCUGAGUUAUCCAAACAUUGUAGCAACUUAUGGCCGUGGAUACACUGGUUUCGCCCCAAGCUACAGCUACCAAUUCCCUGGCUUUCAGGCAACAGCGUACAGUCCUGCAGCAGCAGCAGCAGUGGCAGCAGCGCGUGGCUCAGGUAGGGGGGCCCAUGGAAGAGGCGGCUACGCAGCAUACCCUCAGAGCACAGGGCCAGGCUUCCCCGAUUACGGUUUCUAUUCCUCACCAAGUGACCAACGGGGGCCCCCCUUCUCCUUUGCGGACUAUGGAUCCCUGGGCCCCCAGGCGGCUCAGCUGCUGCAAAGCGAGCAUGCCACAUCAGCCUGCAACUCCCCUCUCCAGCACCUGGCCAGCCCGGAUCAGUAUAAGAGCCCAGGCACCAACCCGCCCCGGCCUGGAGCCUUUCCUGGAGCCAGCAGCCCCGGGCCAGUGGCUGACCUGUAUGGCCCCACCAGCCAGGACUCCGGAGUAGGAAACUACAUUAGCGCUGCUAGUCCCCAGCCCGGCUCCGGCUUCGGACACAGCAUUGCUGGUCCUUUGAUUGCGACAGCUUUUACAAAUGGAUACCAUUGAAACCUAACAGGUGGUUGGUUGCCAUCUCAUUUGAGCAGAGCUUAUCAGGAGGCCCAGGGAAGACUGGCCAGAGUUUCUAAUUGGUUCUGUGUACAGGUAAAGACCAUUCAACUUCAAGCACUACAGCGCAGAACCGCACUCUAAAGCUGAGAUGGCACCACACGAAGAUCAAAUGAAACGUCAGAAUCAUCUCAGAACGAAAAAAAAAAAAAAACAGAAAAAAAAAAUCUGCUGUA